UUUGGGUUUUUUUUUUAUAAAGUUUAGGCUUUACUUAUAAAAUAUUUAUCAUAAUAAUGGUUUCAUGGUUAAUGGGUUCGUCGGCUGGUGAAAUCUCCGACUAGAGCUCGGCAACGAAAGCGGAAGAGCUGCAGGGAAUCAUGGAGGGAUUCUUCAGAUGAUGUGAACGUCGGAUCAAGGCGGCGAAGGAGAUCCGGUGGCUGACGAGGACGUCGAUGAAGCACCGCUGGCAACUCUCUGGCUCCAUUGCGUCCCUUGUUUCUAUACUCCGGGGCGGUGGACGAGAGUGCAGCAAGGUGGCUAUUCUCACUCUUAUCAACCUCCAGCCAAGGACGAAAGAAUGCUUGAUGGGGAUGAGCACACCCAGAUGAGUAGGCUAUAUGACUACAGGUUGGAAUUGCUUAGGACACACCCACAGCCGACAAUAAAAUUUAAAUAUAACGAGGGUGUGUUCUCAGCAAUGUAUGUAUGCUUAUCCCCACUCAGAGUAGGAUUCCUGGCAGGCUGUCGACAGGUAAUUUCAGUUGAUGGUUGUUUCUUAAAGGGGAUGUAUGGUGGUCAGCUCCUUACAGCUGUUGGCAUUGAUGCAAACGAUUGCAUCUAUCCAGUAGCAUGGGCAGUAGUAGAGAAGGAGAAUUACCUUAAUUGGGUCUAGUUUCUAGAACUUUUGGCUGAAGACUUGGAGAUAUGCAACUCACAUCACUGGGCAUUCAUGAGCGACAGGCAGAAGGGCCUUCUAAAUGCAAUCGAGGAAAUAUUUCCUCACAGUGAACGUAGGUUUUGCGUAAGGCAUAUACACACAAAUUUUAGAAGAAGAUUUAGAGGCAAAGGGCUACAGGAUCAGCUACGGGCUUGUGCUAGGAGUAGUUAUAUUCCUGCAUUUAAUUUGGCAAUGGAAGCACUCAAGGAUAAGUCAAAGGAGGCAUACACUUUCAUGAAAAAUAUUGCCCCUGUACACUGGAGCAGAUCACAUUUCAAAUCCAAAUUUAAAUGUGACAUGUUUCUUAAUAACUUAUGUGAAUGCUUUAACAGCCAGAUCUUGGAAGCUAGGACCAAAGGCAUAGUUACUCUAAAUGAAAUGAUUAGGACACAACUCAUGAUUAGGAUCCAAAGAAAAAGAGACCCAAUGAAAAAAAAUGCAAAACAAGACAUUGUCCUAAGAUUGUUAACAAUUUAGAGAAAGCCAAACAGCUCAGUUGGUCCUGCAGGACAACCUGGUCAGGUGGUGACAAGUACCAGGUUGUUUGUUUUGAUGGCCAAUUUAUUGUUGACACUAAAGAUAUGUCUUGCAGCUGUAGAAAGUGGUAGUUGAUAGGUAUACCAUGCAAUAUCAUCACUUUAUUACAACAAAAAAAAUCCUGAAGAUUACAUAGAUGAGUGUUACAUUGUUAGAUCUUUCCUAGCUACCUAUAACCAUAUGCUGAACCCAACCCAAGACUCCAAUUGCUGGCCCAAGAGUCCACAAGGUCCAAUGAUACCCCCAGAAUCAGCAAACAGAAAUAGGGGUAGGAAACCCUUGAUGAGGAAGAAGGAUUCACUUGAUGAGCAGGAAGGCUACAAAAGAGGGAAGGUCAGUAGGAAAGGACAUAACAAUAGGUGCAGUGUUUGUGGGACUAUUGGCCACAACAAGAGAUUCCAUGGCUCGCAAAGACAAAGGACAACUGGAGAACAACAAAAUGAAGAAGAUGCUAGACAGCAUAUGGACCCCAUGGACACAAUUGAUCCGGAAGUGCUUCAUGAGCAUUUUAUUCACACUGUAGAGAUGAGAGAUUUACCUACUCACACAAACAUUGCUGUGAAUUCUGCACCAUCAGUAGCAACAAAUGACAUUCAUGCAGAACAGGAAAUACCCAACCCAGCACAUGAUAUCCAUAUACCUACUGUAAGUGGAAAUCAUGCAAAUGAACCACUACCACAGGAGAGUUAAAUCAAUCAUGAAACAAUCCCCACAACUGUAGCUGGUGAUGGAAGAUCAAAGCUGGAGAAGCUUGUGACAAUGGGAGGAAAAAAAACAACUCAUCACAAAAAAUCAAGCAAGAAAUCAUAUACCUGCAAGGCCACUUACUUAGGUCAUCUAUAGCCCAGCUCAUGAUCUGCAGAGUCUUACAGCAACUGGGAGUCAGGUAGAUCAUAAUAAGAACACCUAUGAAUCCACCCUCACAACAAUAACAACUGGAGAUGGAAGAGCAAACCUCAAAAAAGUUAUCACAAUGGCAGGGAGAAAUCAGCUCCUCUCCAAGAGUCAGGCAAGGAAGCAUGUGCCUGCAAGGCCACUUACUCAGGUCAGCCACAACCCAGAUCAUGCAACAACUGGGAGUCAUUCAGCUGCACAAGUAGCACAGAAUCAGAAAACUCACCAAACAACAAUAGUAUCAAAAACUCAACCCCUGUCCAAGAGUCAGGCAAGGAAGCAUGUGCCUGCAAGGCCAUCUACUCAGGUCAGCCACAACCCAGAUCAUGCAACAACUAGGAGUCAUUUAACUGCACAAGUAG